AUGUUUUGUGCAGCUUCUGUUAAACAAGACAAAAACUGCAGCCUUACAGAGCAUAGGAGAAAUGGGGAGCUUUUUCAUCUUUCUCAUUUAGCUUUGCAUCCAAAUGGUCCUGAUGGAUUAAAUAUUGUUUAUGUGGAAAUCAAUAAAGAAAAGCAUCCUUUAGCAAGUUUGGAAAAAAGAAGAGUGGAGAACUUUACGGUUGAUUUAUAUUUUGGGGGAGAAAAUGAGACUGUGUUUUCAUUGGAAGGGAAUGGGGAAGUGUCAAUUCUAGGAUAUUUUGAGCAGAAUGAUGAAGUUGAAUUGACGCCUGCUCAAAAAAGCCAGAUAGAGCUAGAUAAGUAAUAAGUAAUUAGAUUACUCUUUAUUAGUAUGCUAAUCCUGUUCUACUUGAAAAAUACAUCGAGAACAGCCUCAAAAAAUACCCCCCUUUAAAAUUGGAACAGAAUUUUUUGUCCCCAAUUUAAAGGGGUGUUAAUAGACGUUAUUUUAAAUUUUUGAGCUAGAUACAAGUGAAGAGGAGCAAUGGGAAAUAACAAGAGAUAAAUUUUAUGAAGAUGAAGAAGAAAAUGAAGAAGAAGAAGAAGAGGAAGAAGAAGAAGAAGAGGAAGAAGAGGAAGAAGAGGAAGAAGAAGAGAUAGAAGAGAAAAUUUCACCUAAAAAAAUACAAACAAAUGGGAAAACAAAGCAAAAUGAUAUCAAAAACAAUAACUCAAGAAAAAAACCAAAUAGCAAAGAAGAAAAUAAAAAAACUCAGCCUAAAAAACAAAAUAAAGAGGAAGUUAAUAAAGCACAAACCAGUAGGGCUCUUAGAUCAACUGCAAGGAAAUCUUAA